AUGGGGCCGGGGCUCCUGAGCGCGGCGCUGUUUGUGGGCAGCGCUCUCCUGUUCGCAGACCACUCGCGCUCCGAGAGGAGCAGGCGCGGCCCCUCCUGGGACCCGGCCGGCGGCCAUGCGGUGGAGGCUCGGGCAGAAGGGCCGCCAGGCCCUGGCGAAGGAAAGGUUGGAUGCAAAGGGCAGUAUCUUCGGACGGUCCCCCUUGGCCUUUUCCCCACUUAUUGUGGAAAAGCACCACUUGCGGAUGUGCUGAAAGGGCCUCGCAUUACAGGGGGCACGGUAGCUCAAAGUGGCGCCUGGCCGUGGGUAGUUAGCCUGCAAAUUCAGCCUGGUAAAAUUUCUACUCAUGUCUGUGGGGGAAGCUUAGUGAAAAAUAAGUGGAUCCUCACAGCCGCCCACUGCACUAAGGAUUUUAGAGAUCCUUUAAUGUGGAGAGCUGUGAUUGGAACUAAUAAUAUACAUGAGAAACAUCCAAAUACCAAGAAGAUAAAAGUUAAAACAAUCAUUAUCCAUCCAGACUUUGAAAUAGAAUCUUAUGUAAAUGAUAUUGCUCUUUUUCAUUUACAAAGAGCAGUGACAUAUGAUGACUAUAUUCAGCCUAUCUGUCUCCCUUUUGAUGUUUUCCAAAACCUGGACCCAAACACAAAGUGUUUUGUAAGUGGCUGGGGAAGAACAAUGGAAGAAGGUAAUGUUACAAAUAUGUUACAGGAAGCAGAAGUACAUUAUAUUUCUCGAAACAUUUGUAAUUCUGAGAAGAGUUAUGGAAACAUAAUUCCUAGCACUUCCUUUUGUGCAGGUGAUGAAGAUGGAGUUUUUGAUACUUGCAGGGGUGAUAGUGGUGGACCAUUAAUGUGCUACUUACCAGACCAGAAACAAUUUUUUGUAAUGGGAAUUACCAGUUAUGGAUAUGGCUGCAGUCGAAAAAAUUUUCCUGGUGUCUAUUGUGGGCCAUCCUUCUAUCAAAAAUGGCUGACAGAUCAUCUCUACCAGGCAAGCAAUAAAGGCAUAUUUAAUAUAAAUAUUCUACUGGGACAGAUCCUUGCAGCUCUAGGUUCUAUUGUAUUACUAGCUAUUCCAUAG